AUGGCGCUGCAGAUGAAAUUAUUGCCUGUCGCUGAGUCGCCGGCGCAUCCCGGCAAAGCGCAGGCUUGCAGGUACCAUGGGAAGUUUGAAGCUUCCUACCCAGAUGGGCUGUGUCCUGGCUGGGGAGUGAGAGUCAAAGGAGAAACGGGCUCCAGGACAAAUGCGUUUCAGAUUAAUUUCCUCUGCGACAGAGGGGAGCAGAUAGCGUUCCACUUUAACCCUCGCUUCACCGACUCGGUUAUCGUCUGCAACUCUUUUCUUGACAACCAAUGGGGGCAGGAAGUGUUGGCUGACACCUUUCCGCUAGAAGCCAAAGUGCCUUUCCAGGUUGAAAUCUACUCAGACCAAGACCACUUCCACGUUUUCGUGAACGAAGGGAAAGUCCUUCAGUAUGAGCACCGGCAGAAGCAACUUUCCGCCAUCUCCAAAGUGCAGAUUCUGGAUGAUAUCCAAAUAUCCUCGGUGGAGGUCACCAGACGAGGCCUCUACUAG